UUUCGAGUUAUAUAUAACCAAGCCACAAGUGCACGUUUCAGGUUCUGAUCUCUGUUCGUUUAAUUUGGUGUCUUCGUGGGAUCAGUCUCUAGCUAGUAGCUAUAUACUCCCCCCGAUCGUCGCAUCACGCCGCCGCCGCCCACCGGCCAUGGCUCCCGGUGUCGGCGGUGCUCUCCGUCUCCGGGGAACGACGACGACCACGGGCGCGCGGCCAGACAUGUCCCGUCUCUGGACGACGCGGCUCCAGAAGGAGCUCGAGGGGCUCUGGGCGGACCCGCCCGAGUGGUGCGUCCCCGGCGCCGACGCCACGGACCUCUUCCACUGGCAGGUCAUCGUCGUCGGCCCCCGAGGAAGCCCCUACGACGGCGGAGUCUUCGCCGUCCGCUUCAAGUUCCCUCGCCACUACCCCUUGAAGCCUCCCAAGGUCACCUUCGCAACCAAGGUGUACCACCCGAACAUCGAUCCGAGGACUGGACGGGUUUGCCUGGACUUCCUGACUGACAGUAAGCACUGGUGGACGCCGGCAUGGACGGUGGACAAGAUUCUCCUGGCCCUAGUCUCGCUUUUGCACGAGCCUGUCAUGGAUGGCCGCGCCAUAUCAACCCCGACGCCGCGAACCUCUACAGGCGGAAGAGACUCAGGUACGUGGAGAUCGCGAGGGCCAAGACCCUGGAGCACGCCACGGCGUCAUCGUCGUCGUCGUCGGCGGCGGCAGCGGCAGCUUCAGAGAAGGAGCGUCGUCCGCAGUCCCGGGGCGUUUCCCUGUGCCGUCGGCUCAUGACAAGGGUGGCGUUUCUUCAUACUUCUGGUGUUCUGGAUAGGGGGCCUGCAUGAGAAAACCAAAGAUUCUGUGAUGGCUGUGUGGCUGGACAUGUACGCGAUCGAUGGGGGGUUUUCAUCUUCAAUUAGGCCAUUGUUCAUGCUUACCACUUUAUUACCAGCUUAUCAUUCGUAGUUGAUCGAGUUAGUGCCUAGCUAGCUAUAGUUGAUCCGUGGACGAGGUUUGUAACACGUUCGUUCUUUGGGGUUUGGAUGCAUGGUGCUUAUUAA